AUGGGCAAAAUUUUCAAGAAAAGCCAAAAAUCACACAAGGUGCAUAUGCACCAUAAGAUAAAUAAGCAUGAUCAAAAAAAAAAAAAAAAAAAAAAACAACAACAUUCUGAUAUGUUAAUUGGAAAAAUGUCCAAGGGAUUUAUUAAGAAUAAGAAAAAUAUUAGAGAAGGAGGAAAUAAAAAGAAAACAAAUAAUAAGUUUAAUAAUAUUUGGAAGAAGAAAAAGAAAAGUGACAAUUCAGAAAAAGGUCAAGUAGAUAUACUAGGAUUAUUAAAAGGUGAUAGUGACAAUAUGAAUGAUAAUAAUAAUAUUGAUGAUGAUGAUAAUAAUAAUAAUAAUAUUGAUGAUGUUGAUGAUGAUGUUUAUGAUGAUGUUGAUAAUUAUUCUUGUAACCAUAAAAAAAAUGAUAAAUCAAAAAAAGAACAUGAUAUUCUAGAAUUAAAUAAUAUAAAUUUUAAUGAGAGAAGAAAAAAACUAAUAAAUGAUAAAAAAAUUUUUGAUGGUAAAUUUUGUGAUUUAAAAAAUGUGUUAAGUCAAACAAUCAUAAAUACAUUAGAAAAAAAUAAUUUUAUAAAAAUGACAAGUAUUCAAAAAAUGAGUAUUCCUUUAUUUUUUAAACCAAAUGAUAUAUUUUUAAAAUCGAUGACAGGUUCUGGAAAAACCUUAUGUUAUGCUAUACCAGCAAUAGAAAAAAUAUUAAAUAUGAAAGAAAAAAUUAAAAUUACAAGAGAUAUGGGUAUCUUCAUUUUGGUUUUGUCUCCUACAAGAGAAUUAGCUAUACAAAUAAAUAAUUUAUUUUGUAUUUUAUCAAAGCCAUAUCCAUAUAUAGUAGCAUCCUGUAUAACUGGGGGAGAAAAAAAAAAAUCUGAAAAAAAUCGAUUGAAAAAAGGGAUAUCUAUAUUGACAUGUACACCUGGAAGAUUAUUGGAUCACCUUGAGCACACAAAAUCGUUUAAACUCACAUUUUUAAAAAUGGUAGUACUAGAUGAAGCUGAUAAAAUAAUAUAUUUGGGUACUCAGGACAAGAUAAAACUUAUAUAUGAUAUGAUCAGAAAAAUAAAGCAAGAGGAGUAUUCGAAGGUUGACAGAAAGAAGAACAAAGAACAGAAUAUAAUUCAUGACAAUAAUGUGAAUGAUGUGAAUGAUGUGAAUGAUGUGAAUGAUAUGAAUGAUGUGAAUGAUGUGAAUGAUAUGAAUGAUGUGAAUAAUAUGAAUGAUGUGAAUAACAUGAAUGAUAUGAAUAACAUAAAUAAUAUUAGUAAUAAUCUCUCAAAACAAUAUGAACAAUUUAUUACAGAUAAAUUCCAAAUGAUCUUUAUAUCGGCAACUCUAAACCAUGCUAUGAAAACGCUAGCAAAUUAUUGUUUAACGAAUAAUACUAUAUGGAUAGAAAAAGAAAAAAAAAAUGACAUAAAUGGUGGGGAUGAAACUGAGGAUAGGAACAAUGAAUCAAAUAAUAAUAAUAAUAAUAAUAAAUAUGGUGAUGGUGAUGGCGAUGAUGAUAAUAACACUUAUGAACUGCCUGAACAACUAAAACAAUACUGUAUUCUUAUAGAUAUGAAACAGAAAUUUAUCUGUUUAAUAUACAUGUUAUUAGAUUGUAUAGAAAAGAAAAAGAAGCCAGUGGUGUUCUUGUCAAAUCAUCAUAGUGUGGAAUAUCUACAAAUAUUAUUGAAAAGUAUUUAUUGGCCCACAGAUGUAAAUAAAAAAAAUAUCGAAGUAAAUAAAAAAUUGAAUGAAAAAAUAACUCCAGUAUUAGAAAGAGAAGAUGAGAAAUUGUUGAGAAAACAUUUAGAACAAAACAUAUUAAAUAAUGAUAAAAAUAAUCAUAAUUUUAGUGGUCGUAUAAAUUUGUCUUACAAAAAUAUAAAUUUAGAAGAAAUACAAAAUGAUGAUGAUCUAAAUGAUGAAACAGGGAAUUUAUAUAAUAUCAAUGCUGAUAAACAUAAAAGAAUUUAUUUAUUUGAAAAUAUAAAUAUAUAUAUACUUCAUGGUAAUUUAUCUAAAGAAGAUCGUUUAGGUAAUUUUAUGGACUUUUCAAAAAUUAAUAAUUCAAUAUUAUUAUGUACAGAUAUUAUAUCUAGAGGUAUUCAUUUUGAUUCUUUAAGUGUUGUUAUUCAAUAUGAUCCACCACAAAUUCUUGAAGAAUAUAUACAUAAAGUUGGAAGAACUGCUAGAUUAAAUAAACAAGGAUCAGCUUAUCUAUUCUUAUUAAACUCACAAAAACAAUUUUUAAAUAUAUUAAAAAAUAAAAAUAUACAAUUAAAAAUUAUAUUAGGAAAUACAAUAAUAAACCAUUUCAAAAAAUUUUGUAUUCCGAAUUUUUUAAAAUCUGUAGGAAAAGAUAUUUUAAACUUUCUACACAAUCAUAUGCAAACUAUAGUUAAAUCAAAUAAUACUCUUAUGGAAAAAGGAACUAGCGCAUUCUUAUGUUCUAUUACUUCUUUUUAUUCAACCAGCAAAAAUCUAAGAUCCAUUUUUAAUGUAAAAGAUAUACACCUAGGUCACUUGGCUUACACUUUCUUAUUAGAAAAAACUCCUAAACAAAUUUCAAAAUAUAAAAAAGAACAAAAUUAUAUCAACAUUAAAAAACAAACUGUUCUUAGUAAGAAGGAAAAGAGAUUGUUAAAGUCCAAGAAAUUCCAGAAAAAGCAAAAGAGGAAAUAA